AUGCCACGACAAAAACAAUCGGUGGUCAUGCCAAGCCGGAAAUCGCUCCACAUUUACGAGAAUUGGAAGGUGUACUCGCGCCAAGGGAAACUCAUGUUCCGUUGCAACCAGAAGAAGGCGCGUUGGUACCUAGAUAGAGAGCUUGCCGUGAAACGAGAUAAAGAAGAGCGUGCUAUCCAGUUGACGUUUGAAGCCAAAGGCCAAGGGCAUGAUGAAAAUGACUACAUGAUCGAAGACCGGAAGAAUAUCUGCGUUGUGUGUGCAUCACAAGCUGGCUUGACACUCCAUCACGUAGUCCCUUAUGUAUAUAGGCAAUGGUUCCCACUGGCUAUCAAGUCGAAAUCGAGUAGGGAUUUGUUACUCUUGUGCAAGGAAUGCCAUGAUCGAUACGAACGCCAUGCUACUGCUUUUAAAAAGUCUCUCGCUUUGGAACAUGGAAUGCCCAUGGAAGGAAAAGGAUGGAUUGUCAUACCUGAGCACCGAUACAUGCGCAAGACAGCUUCAGCUCUUUUAUCAGCAGCAAACAAGAUGCCUGUAGAACGUCGACAGCAACUGGAGCAGACAAUAUACGAGUUUUGGAUGCAGAAUGCUUCCUGGGAGAAUCUUACAUGGGGUCAAGUCUUGGAAAAGUGUGCUGCCUUUAAGGAUAUGGAACGUGGCCCUGGUUUUACUGAACAUGGGGAAGGCGUUGUGCAGCAUCUCAUGAAGAACAAGUACAUCACCGAAGAAGGAAACAAGGAAAGAUGGCCAGAUCUGGAAAAGUUUAUCAAGCAAUGGCGACAACACUUUUUAGAUCAUGCACAGCCGCAUCAUUUAAGUAGUAGAUGGUCGGUAGAUAGUGAUAUAUAUACCAAUGGAGCAUAA